CAACUGAAAAUGAAAGCGUUCAGUCAGUUCAAAAUCCAAGUGGAUAGCGCAGCGGAAGGGAAACAACAGAAGGCUGAGGCAGCACCGACUGAAGUCCAGAAGAUGAGUGUUUGCGUGGAGGAAGAAGACAGAACAGAGUCUCCAGGAUCCAGCUGUCCGUCUAUGAAGAGUGACAAGUCCAAACACUUACCUGUAGAAUUCAGUAAUGAACGUGGAGCCUCAGACACAAAGGAGAGGACAAAGAGCGGCGUUACUAUGGAGCAGCCGCUGUUGUUCUGUGCUCUGUGUCAGGACGUCCUGAAGGAUCCAGUCUCUACUAGGUGUGGACACCGGUUCUGCAGACAGUGCAUCACCUCAUACAGGGACCAGUCUGAUCCAUCAGGAGACUUCUCCUGUCCCCAGUGUGGACAAAGAUUCAGAACAAGACAUGGACCGCAGACAGUUAGUCAGACCAGCAUUAUACAAACAGAUAGUGGUCUGCAGGAGGUUUUAGAUCAACAUAAGAUCAGUCUGAGGAGCAGAUGUGAACGUGUGACUGAAGGAACUGAUGGAACAGGAAGUCAAACCCUCCUCAACAGGAUCUACACUGAGCUCUACAUCACAGAGGGACAGAGUGAAGAGGUUAAUACCCAACAUGAGGUGAGGCAGCUGGAGACAACUUCCAAGAAGAAGACCCUCCAUGACACUCCAAUCAGGUGCCACGACAUCUUUAAAGCCUUACCUGACCAACAGAGACCCAUCAGAGUGGUUCUGACGACCGGCGUCGCUGGCGUUGGAAAAACCUUCUCAGUGCAGAAGUUCUCUCUGGACUGGGCAGAGUGCUUGGAGAACCAAGAUGUCGGUCUGCUGGUUCUGCUUUCGUUCAGGGAGCUGAACCUGAUCAGAGAUCAGCAGUACAGUCUUCUCAGGCUGCUCCAUGUUUUCCAUCCAACAUUACAGAAGGUCACAGCAGAGCAGCUCGCUGUCUGUAAAGUUCUGUUCAUCUUUGACGGCCUGGAUGAAAGCAGAUUUUCACUGGAUUUCAACAACAGGAAGUCUGUGUCUGAUGUCACACAGGAGUCAUCAGUCAACGAGCUGCUGACAAACCUCAUCAGGGGGAAUCUGCUUCCCUCGGCUCUCGUCUGGAUAACUUCCCGACCCGCAGCAACCAAUCAGAUCCCUCCUACAUGUGUGGACAGGGUAACAGAAGUACGAGGCUUCACUGACGCCCAGAAGGAGGAGUACUUCAGGAGGAGAUCCAGUGAUGAAGAGCUGUCCAGCAGAAUCAUCUCACACAUCAAGACGUCCAGGAGCCUCCACAUCAUGUGUCAAGUCCCAGUCUUCUGCUGGAUCACUGCUACAGUUCUGGAGCACAUGUUGACCACAGACCAGAGAGGAGAGCUGCCCCAGACCCUGACUGACCUGUUCUCACACUUCCUGCUGGUUCAGACACAGAGGAAGAAGCUCAAGUAUGAUAAGGGACAUGAGGCGAGUCCACAGGAGCUGACGGAGGCUGACGGGGAAGUUCUUCUGAAGCUGGGGAGGCUGGCGUUUGAACAUCUGGACAAAGGAAACAUCAUGUUCUACCAAGAAGACCUGGAGCAGUGUGGUCUUGGUGUCACAGAGGCCUCGGUGUACUCAGGACUUUGUACUGAGAUCUUCAAAAGAGAGAGUGUGAUCUUCCAGAAACCAGUCUACUGCUUUGUUCAUCUGAGCGUGCAGGAGUUUCUGGCUGCAGUCUUCAUGUUCCACUGUUACACAGAGAGAAAGAGACUGACAAACAUCCUGCAGGACUACCUGGAAAAAGACCACAGUGACCCAUCUCUGGAUGUUUUCCUUAGAGGAGCCAUGGAGAAAUCCCUUAACAGUAAAAAUGGUCACCUGGACCUGUUUGUCCGCUUCCUUCAUGGCCUCUCUAUGGACUCCAACCAGAGACUUUUAGCAGGUCUGCUGGGUCACACAGAGAACAGUCCAGGAACCAUCCAGAGAGCCAUCACCAACCUGAAGGAGAUAAACAGAGAUACAAUCUCUCCUGACAGAAGCAUCAACAUCUUCCACUGUCUGAUGGAGAUGAAGGACCAAUCAGUUCAUCAGGAGAUCCAAAAGUUCCUGAAGUCAGAGAACAGAUCAGAGGAGAAACUGUCUGAGAUCCACUGCUCAGCUCUGGCCUACAUGCUGCAGAUGUCACAGGAGGUUCUGGAUGAGUUGGACCUGGAGAAGUACAACACAUCAGAGAUGGGACGACUGAGGCUCGUUCCAGCUGUGAGGAACUGCAGAAAGGCUCGACUUACUGAUUGUGGACUCUCAGAGACUCAUUGUGAAGUCGUGGCCUCAGCUCUGACGUCCAGCCCUUCCCAUCUGCAAGAGCUAGACCUGAGCAACAACAACCUGCAGGAUUCAGAAGUGAAGCUGUUGUCUACCGGACUGGAGAAUUCAAACUGCAGACUGGAGGCUCUGAGAUUGGUGAACUGCAGUUUGUCAGAGAUCAGCUGUGCGUCUCUGGCCUCAGCUCUGAAGUCCAACCCCUCCCAUCUGAAAGAACUGGACCUGAGUCUCAACAAGCUGCAGGAUUCAGACCUGAAGGAGCUCUGUGGUUUUCUGGAGAAUCCAGACUGUAGACUGGAGACUCUGAGAUUGAGGUCCUGCUGGUUGUCAAAGAUCAGCUGUGCUUCUCUGGCCUCAGCUCUGAAGUCCAACCCCUCCCAUCUGAGAGAACUGGAGCUGAGAGGAAACAACCUGCAGGAUUCAGACCUGAAGGAGCUCUGUGGUUUUCUGGAGAGUCCAGACUGUAGACUGGAGACUCUGAGGUUGGGUUACUGCAAUUUGUCAGCGAACAGCUGUGCUUCUCUGGUCUCCACUGUGAAGUCCAACCCCUCCCAUCUGAAAGAUCUUGAGCUGGGUCACAACAAGCUGCAGGACUCAGGAGUGAAGGAGCUCGGUGGUUUUCUGGAGAGUCCAGACUGUAGACUGAAGACUCUGAGAUUGAUGGACUGCAGUUUGUCAGAGAUCAGCUGUGCGUCUCUGGCCUCAGCUCUGAAGUCCAACCCCUCCCAUCUGAGAGAACUGAACCUGAGUCACAACAACCUGCAGGAUUCAGGAGUGAAGCUGCUCUGUGGUGUUCUGGGGCAUGCAGACUGUAGACUGGAGACUCUGAGAUUGAUGGACUGCAGUUUGUCAGAGAUCAGCUAUGGUUUCCUGGCCUCAGCUCUGAAGUCCAACCCCUCCCAUCUGAGAGAACUGGACCUGAGUCACAACAACCUGCAGGAUUCAGGAGUGAAGCUGCUCUGUGGUGUUCUGGGGCAUGCAGACUGUAGACUGGAGACUCUGAGAUUGGUGGACUGCAGUUUGUCAGAGAUCAGCUGUGCGUCUCUGGCCUCAGCUCUGAAGUCCAACCCCUCCCAUCUGAAAGAACUGGACCUGAAAGGAAACAAGGAGCAGGGUUCAGGAUUGACGCUGCUGCAAGGUUUUCUGGAGAAUCUGAGAUGGAAGUGAUGAUCUUUUUAAACGUGAGUGGUCGAGGCUCCGACUGGGCCAUGUUACUGGGAGGUAAUAGAGUGGAGAGGAGAGCUUCACUCUGAGACUCCUGACUCUCAGUGCUGCAGCCUGAACUGAUCUGAGAACAGCUCCACUGUUAGACACAUGUUCAGUCCACCAUCAUCCCUGUGUGUUCCUCUAGAUCAUCAUCAGUGAAUCUGGACUGCUCUGCUGCUACUCUGCCCUUCUACACACUCUCUGCAGACACACUGAGACUCCUCCACCUCCUCCACCUGGACUUUAUCUGGUCUUUUUUAUUUAUUUAGAUAUUGUGAACCCAAACUGACUGCAGAUCAGUUCUGUUUAUGACAACAUAGCUGUAGAUUCACACUAAAUGGUCUCAAGGUUGAAACUAUGUAGAAUCAGAUGCUUUUACAGUAUUGUUUCAUGUUGCAGUCCCACCAUGUAGAAUGAUUAUUGUAUUGUAUAUUGUAAUGAGUAUUAUAGGUAAUUUCCACAUUACAUUUCUAAACAAUCUUAUAAGUUUAAAGUAUUUAAAAGCAACAUCUGACCUGCACAGUUUUUACUGGGCUCCUGAAAACCACUUCGAGACUUCAGCUCAUUCAAAACUAGUUCUCCUCCAUAUACACAAGGCCUUUUAAUGAGCUAUGACCAAGUUAUAUUGUUAGCUCCCUGACUAACUAUACAGUAUACUACACCUCCAAGAACACUGACACUCGUCAGCCUUUGUCAAUUACUCCCCAAAGCCGUGAAACACACUAUGUAUAGAUAUCGGAGAAGCCAGCUCACUUAAUAUUAAUAUUUUGUUUUAUUGACUUUGACUUGACUUUUAUGGAUUGCACUUUUACUAGCGAAAGUGUAAUUUGUUCCAUUUUUAUUGAUUUUAUUGCUGACUGACGGGUUGCUUGAUUUUAAAAUAUUUAUGGAUUCAUUCCUUUUUUUAUUUUGUUUUCAUCACCGCCUUGCUGGUGACACUGCUUCUAGUUUUAUUUGCACCAUAAUAUAAAGACACUUAUUCUAUUUAUGAAUGCUUGAAUUAACUCUGUUGCCUUGUAUGACCUGCCUGUCUUAUCCUGCUGCUCUGUGUAAAACACU